AUGGCAGGUGAGGAGCCAAACCCUCUGAGCGUUCCGCGGCCUCACGGAUUUUGGCCAAAGGAACCAGGCGCGGAGCCCGACGAGGCUUUUCCUGCGAAUCCUGGUGCAGCCUUUGCCCCCCGGCACCCCGGCGGGGCCGGGCAGGACGCACACCGGGCAGCCGGGGCCGGGGCUCCCCGCCCUCCCGGGGCUCCCCGAGCACGGGCCGCGUUUGCCACGGGCGAAGGGCAGGACAGAGCCCGUGACACGGCGGCUUCACCCCCCGCGCUCCCCCCGCAGCCCCAGGCUCGGCUGCACCUCGAUGAAGCCGUUCGCGCCGGCGAGGCGGCCCGGGCCCCCCCGGGGGGAGCUGGCAGCCGCGUCCCGCCGCGCGGGGCCACCGGGAGGGCUGACACGGGCACCCGCGGCCCCGGCGAAGAUGCCGGCCCGGUCGGGGCUGCCGGGAGCGGCUCAGGCCCCUGCGGCAGCCGCGGGGGGGGCUCGGCCGGCACCCCCGGGAGGGGAACGCGAUCCGCGGCGCGGUCCGAGCGCCGGGGGUGCCCGGUCCCGCCGGGGGUGCCCGGUCCCGCCGGGGGUGCCCGGUCCCGCCGCGGGAGCCGCCGCCGGGGACACCCCCAGAGCGGGAGCAGCGGGCGGAGCCGCCCAAGGGCCCCGGAGCUGCCGCAGCCCCGGGCGGGGCCGCCCCCGCCGGCCGGUCCCGGUGAAGCCGCUGCCCCCGCGCAUCCCCCCCCCCCGGCCCGGUCCGGCCGCCCCCCGGGACUCACCUCCCGCCGGGACCCCCUCCCGGGCCGGGCGGCUCCGGCUGCGGCUGCGAACGGGCCCCGCCCGCCCCACGGCCCGGACCGCCCCGCGCAGGCGUGA